AUGACUGUGGGCAGGUUAUUUAACCUCGCCAAGCUCAGGUUCCUGAUUUAUAACAUGAGGACAAUAAACCUGCCUUAUAUAGAAAAAUGGGCAUCAGGUACUGUAUAUACAGCACUAGACAUUGCAACAGGACAAGAGGUAGCCAUAAAGCAGAUGAACCUUCAACAGCAACCCAAAAAGGAAUUAAUUAUUAAUGAAAUUUUGGUCAUGAGGGAAAAUAAGAACCCCAAUAUUGUUAAUUAUUUAGAUAGCUACUUAGUGGGUGAUGAACUAUGGGUAGUCAUGGAAUAUUUGGCUGGUGGCUCUUUGACUGACGUGGUGACUGAGACUUGUAUGGAUGAAGGACAGAUAGCAGCUGUCUGCAGAGAGUGCCUCCAAGCUUUGGAUUUCUUGCACUCAAACCAAGUGAUCCACAGAGACAUAAAAAGUGAUAAUAUUCUCCUCGGGAUGGAUGGUUCUGUUAAAUUGACUGAUUUUGGGUUCUGUGCCCAGAUCACUCCUGAACAAAGUAAACGAAGCACUAUGGUGGGAACUCCCUAUUGGAUGGCUCCUGAGGUGGUGACUCGAAAAGCUUAUGGUCCGAAAGUUGAUAUCUGGUCUCUGGGAAUUAUGGCAAUUGAAAUGGUUGAAGGUGAACCCCCUUACCUUAAUGAAAAUCCACUCAGGACAGGGGUGCAGCUUUCUGUGACAGCAGAAAAGGUCACAGAUGGAGUGAGCGCUGUCUUUAAGAGUGCUUUCAGUGAAAUGAUCUUCAGACGGCAGCCAGAGAUACCUGUCUCAUCACCUUCGGACUAA